UUCUGAGCCUGGGACUGAUCAACUGCCCCUGAUCACAGUGGGAGCCCAGCACAAACACCUGAAAACAUGGUGGUAGACCUUCCCAGGCACCUUCCUCUCCUGUUGCUGCUGGGGCUGUGGGAGCCAAUGUGUCUAUUUUGCGCUCACCCUAAAGGUCUCUCCAAGGCGCGCUGGUUUGAAAUUCAGCACAUACAGACAAGUCCUCAGCAAUGCAAUACAGCCAUGCGCAGUGUCAACAAUUAUACCCAACACUGUAAACAGAAAAACACUUUCCUGCAUGAAUCCUUCCAGAAUGUAGCUGCUACCUGCAGUUUGCACACUAUCACCUGCAGGAAUGGUCGGAAGAACUGCCACAAGAGCACAAAGCCUGUCAAAAUGACUGACUGCUCACACACUGGAGAAGCCUAUCCCAACUGCCGCUACAGUAGUGCUGUACUAUACAAAUUCUUCAUUGUGGCCUGUGAACACCCAAAGAAGGCCGACCCUGCCUACCAACUGGUGCCUGUGCACUUAGAUAAGAUCCUGUAAGGCUAGGUAGGUCUUUUCCUCUCUUUGAUGCCAGUUCUCUUACAGUUUAUUCC